AUGAGCCUGUUCACUGCCGCCAGAUCCCUGCGCUCCAAGCCUCUCAAUGGCUUGCUGCGCGUCCGCCGGUACUCGAGCGCCGUGGGAACCGGUCUUCCGCUUGAGGGCAUUCGCGUGCUGGACAUGACAAGAGUGUUAGCCGGCCCAUACUGUACUCAGAUUUUGGGUGACCUUGGCGCUGAGGUGAUCAAAAUCGAGCACCCUGUUCGAGGCGAUGACACCAGGGCAUGGGGGCCCCCAUAUGCCGAGUACAAGGAGGGUUCAUCGGCCAAGGGACCUGGCGAGUCUGCUUAUUUCCUUGGGGCGAACCGAAACAAAAAGUCUCUCGGCCUGUCUUUUCAGCACAAGGAGGGAGUCGAGGUCCUCCACAAGCUCGCCGCAAAAUGCGACGUUCUGGUCGAAAACUACCUCCCGGGGACUCUGAAGAAGUACUCGAUGGACUAUGAGACUCUCCGCAAGAUCAACCCAGCAUUGAUCUAUGCUUCCAUCACCGGCUAUGGCCAAACGGGCCCGUAUGCCAACCGAGCCGGCUACGACGUAAUGGUCGAGGCUGAGUUUGGUUUGAUGCACAUUACCGGCGAACGGGACGGUCCACCAGUCAAGGUUGGUGUUGCAGUGACUGACCUAACAACCGGUCUCUACACUAGCAACAGCAUCAUGGCUGCGCUCCUCGGAAGGGCCAAGUCUGGCAAGGGCCAGCAUAUUGACGUUGCGUUGAGUGACUGCCAGACUGCGACCUUGGCCAACAUCGCCAGCAGCUGUCUGAUCAGCGGAAAGAAGGAUUCCGGUCGUUGGGGCACGGCCCAUCCUUCGAUUGUGCCAUACAAGUCAUUCGAAACCAAGGACGGAGGAAUCCUCUUUGGAGGAGGUAACGAUCGGCUAUUUGGCGUCUUGUGCGAUGGGCUCGGCCAAUCCCACUGGAAGGACGACGCGCGUUACAAGACCAAUGCCGAUAGGGUCGCCAACCGCAAAGACCUCGAGGCCAAGAUCGAGGCGCUCACCAAGCUAAAGACGACACAGGAGUGGCUCGAGAUCUUUGAGGGCAAGGGAAUGCCCUACGCCGCCAUCAACGACGUCCAAGGGACGCUCAACCACGAGCACACAAAGGCACGCAACAUGGUGGUCGAGAUGGACCAUCAGGAGUGCGGUCCCAUCAAGAUGGUCAACACACCCAUUAAGCUAUCAGAAACUCCUCCCACCAUUCGAAGUGUGCCGCCAACUUUGGGCCAGCACACGGAUGAAGUGCUACAGGAGCAUCUCGGACUGAGUGAAGCCGAUGUCAUCUCAUUGAGAGAAAAGGGCGUUGUCGGAUAA